CCAUCAAGAUCAUCGAUAAGACCCAACUGGAUGAAGAAAACUUGAAAAAGAUUUUCCGGGAAGUUCAAAUUAUGAAGAUGCUUUGCCACCCCCAUAUCAUCAGGCUCUACCAGGUUAUGGAGACAGAACGGAUGAUUUAUCUGGUGACAGAAUAUGCUAGUGGAGGCGAAAUAUUUGACCACCUGGUGGCCCAUGGUAGAAUGGCAGAAAAAGAGGCCCGUCGGAAGUUCAAACAGAUCGUCACAGCCGUCUAUUUUUGUCACUGUCGGAACAUUGUCCAUCGUGAUUUAAAAGCUGAAAAUUUGCUUCUGGACGCCAAUCUGAAUAUUAAAAUAGCAGAUUUUGGAUUCAGUAACCUCUUCACUCCUGGGCAGCUGCUGAAGACCUGGUGUGGCAGCCCUCCCUAUGCUGCACCUGAACUCUUUGAAGGGAAGGAAUAUGAUGGGCCCAAAGUAGAUAUCUGGAGCCUUGGCGUUGUCCUCUAUGUGCUCGUGUGUGGUGCCCUGCCGUUUGACGGGAGCACACUGCAGAAUCUGCGGGCCCGGGUGCUAAGUGGAAAGUUCCGAAUCCCAUUUUUUAUGUCUACAGAAUGUGAGCAUUUGAUCCGCCACAUGCUGGUGUUAGACCCGAAUAAGCGCCUCUCAAUGGAGCAGAUCUGCAAGCACAAGUGGAUGAAGCUGGGGGACGUGGACCCCAACUUUGACAGGUUAAUAGCCGAAUGUCAACAACUAAAGGAAGAAAGGCAGAUGGACCCCCUGAAUGAGGAUGUUCUCUUGGCCAUGGAGGAUAUGGGACUGGACAAAGAGCGAACACUACAGUCAUUAAGAUCAGAUGCCUAUGAUCACUAUAGUGCAAUCUACAGCCUGCUGUGUGAUCGACAUAAGAGACAUAAAACCCUGCGUCUCGGAGCACUUCCUAGCAUGCCCCGAGCCAUGGCCUUUCAAGCACCAGUCAAUAUCCAGGCGGAGCAGGCAGGUGCCACAAUGAACAUUAGCGUUCCCCAGGUGCAGCUGAUCAACCCAGAGAAUCAGAUUGUGGAGCCGGAUGGGGCAGUGAACUUGGACAGUGAUGAGGGUGAAGAGCCUUCCCCUGAAGCAUUGGUUCGCUAUUUGUCAAUGAGGAGGCACACGGUGGGUGUGGCUGACCCACGCACGGAAGUUAUGGAAGAUCUGCAGAAACUUCUACCUGGCUUUCCUGGAGUCAACCCUCCAGCUCCAUUCCUGCAGGUGACCCCUAAUGUGAACUUCAUGCACAACCUGUUGCCCAUGCAAAAUUUGCAACCAACUGGGCAGCUUGAAUACAAGGAGCAGUCUCUGUUACAGCCUCCCACCCUACAGCUACUGAAUGGAAUGGGCCCCCUUGGACGGAGGGCAUCAGAUGGAGGAGCCAACAUCCAACUGCAUGCCCAGCAGCUGCUGAAGCGCCCACGGGGACCCUCCCCACUUGUCACCAUGACACCAGCAGUGCCAGCAGUUACCCCUGUGGACGAGGAGAGCUCGGAUGGGGAGCCAGAUCAGGAAGCUGUGCAGAGGUACUUGGCAAAUAGGUCCAAAAGACAUACACUGGCUAUGACCAACCCUACAGCUGAGAUCCCACCGGACCUACAACGGCAGCUAGGACAGCAGCCUUUCCGUUCCCGGGUCUGGCCUCCUCACCUGGUACCUGAUCAGCAUCGCUCUACCUACAAGGAUUCCAACACCCUGCACCUCCCUACGGAGCGUUUCUCCCCUGUGCGCCGGUUCUCAGAUGGGGCUACAAGCAUCCAGGCCUUCAAAGCUCACCUGGAAAAAAUGGGCAACAACAGCAGCAUCAAACAGUUGCAGCAGGAGUGUGAGCAGCUGCAGAAGAUGUACGGGGGGCAGAUUGAUGAAAGAACCCUGGAGAAGACCCAGCAGCAGCAUAUGUUAUACCAGCAGGAGCAGCACCAUCAAAUUCUUCAGCAGCAGAUUCAAGACUCUAUCUGUCCUCCUCAGCCUUCUCCACCUCUUCAGGCUGCAGGUGAAAAUCAGCCAGCCCUCCUUACACACCAGCUCCAGAGGUUAAGGAUUCAGCCUUCAAGCCCACCCCCCAACCACCCCAGCAACCAUCUCUUCAGGCAGCCCAGUAACAGCCCUCCCCCCAUGAACAGUGCCAUGAUCCAGUCUCACGGUGCUGCUUCUCCCUCCCAGUUUCAAGGCUUACCCUCCCGCAGUGCAAUCUUCCAACAGCAAUCUGAGAACUGUUCCCCUCCUCCCAAUGUGGCACUAACUUGCAUGGGCAUGCAGCAACCUACCCAGUCACAGCAAGUGACCAUCCAAGUACAAGAGCCAGUUGACAUGCUCAGCAACAUGCCAGGGACAACUGCAGGCUCCACUGGGAGGGGUAUUUCCAUCAGCCCCAGUACCAGUCAGAUUCAGAUGCAGCAUCGUACCAACCUGAUGGCCACCUUCGGCUAUGGGCACCGACCCUUGUCCAAGCAGCUGAGUGCUGACAGUGCAGAGGCCCACAGCUUGAACGUGAAUCGGUUCUCCCCUGCUAACUACGACCAGGCGCAUUUACACCCCCAUCUGUUUUCGGACCAGUCCCGGGGUUCCCCCAGCAGCUACAGCCCUUCAGCAGGAGUGGGGUUCCCUCCAGCCCAAGCCCUGAAAGUCCCUCCACUUGACCAAUUCCCCGCCUUCCCUCCCAGUGCGCAUCAGCAGCCGCCACACUAUACCACAUCGGCACUACAGCAGGCCCUGCUGUCCCCCACACCGCCAGACUACACGAGACACCAGCAGGUACCCCACAUCCUCCAAGGACUGCUCUCUCCCCGGCAUUCGCUCACUGGCCACUCGGACAUCCGGCUGCCUCCUGCAGAGUUUGCACAGCUCAUUAAAAGGCAGCAGCAGCGGCAGCAGCAGCAGCAACAGCAACAACAGCAGCAGCAGCAGCAGCAGCAGCAGCAGCAGCAACAAGAGUUCCAAGAAUUGUUCAGGCACAUGAACCAGGGGGAUGCUGGGAGCCUGGCUCCCAGCCUUGGGGGACAGAGUAUGGCAGAGCGCCAGCCUUUAUCUUAUCAGAGUGCUGACUCCUAUCACCACCAUCACACCAGCCCCCAGCAUCUGCUACAGAUCAGGGCGCAAGAAUGUAUCGCACAGGUUUCCUCACCCACUCAGACCCACGGGUAUGCCCAUCAGCCGGCACUGAUGCACUCAGAGAGCAUGGAAGAGGACUGCUCGUGUGAGGGGGCCAAGGAUGGCUUCCCAGACAAUAAGAGUGCAAACACGUUGACCAAAGGUUGCCAUGACAGUCCCCUGCUCUUGAGUACCAGUGGACCUGGGGACCCUGAAUCUUUGCUGGGAACUGUGAGUCAUGCCCAGGAAUUGGGGAUACAUCCCUACGGACAUCAGCCGACUGCUGCAUUCAGUAGAAAUAAGGUGCCCAGCAGAGAGUCUGUCAUAGGGAACUGCAUGGAUAGAAGUUCUCAAGUCAUGGAGCUGCCAGAUCACAAUGGGCUCGGGUACCCAGCACGGCCCUCAGUCCAUGAGCACCACAGGUCCCGGACCCUCCAGAGACACCACACGAUCCAGAACAGCGACGAUGCUUACGUACAGCUGGAUAACUUGCCAGGAAUGAGUCUCGUGGCUGGGAAAGCACUUAGCUCUGCACGGAUGUCCGAUGCGGUUCUCAGUCAGUCUUCACUCAUGGGCAGCCAGCAGUUUCAGGAUGGGGAAAAUGAGGAAUGUGGGGCGAGUCUGGGAGGCCACACGCACCCAGACCUGAGUGAUGGCAGCCAGCAUUUAAACUCCUCUUGCUAUCCAUCCACGUGUAUUACAGACAUUCUGCUCAGCUACAAGCACCCCGAGGUCUCCUUCAGCAUGGAGCAGGCCGGCGUGUAACAAGAAACAGAAAGUAAGUGUUUUGUGUACAGCUUGGGAAUGAAAAGGUCGAUUUUAAACCAACAGUAUCUAGCAGCGCUGCGCCAAACUGCCCCUGUGUCUCUCUCCACCCAGAAUAUCACGGUUCCUUUCCUCACAUUUGGUUCCUCAGUGUGCUGUUCUUUUGGGUUCUGAGAGGGUUUUGCCAUGUUUGCUUGUAUGACCAAGUCACCAAGGAAAUAAACAGGAAAUCUAUGUUCUCUGUCUUUUGUGAAAGUGUAUUUGGUAUAUUUGAGUUAGUGGUUUUUUUGUUUUGUUUUGAGGUUUGUUUGUGCUUUUUUGUUUUGUUUUUGGCUAUGUUUUCCUUUGGAGGUGAUUUGCUUUAUUUUUGCCUCCCUUUUUUUUUUUUUGGCUUUUUUCUUUCUUCCCUUUUUUUGAAACGGGAGAGUAAAGCAGUUAGAGCUCAGAGGCCAGGAGCCCCAAGGCCACUCCGUCCCUAGUCUUCACCAACAGAGCACUCUGCCUCACUUUCCCACAGGAGCAAGCACUAACAGAUAACAUACUUGGAGUCUUGGCAGCCAGCUGGCAGAGGGAGAGGGGAAGAGGUGAGGCCUCUGGCGCUUAGAAAACCAAAAGAGAGCAAAACUCCCAAGCCUGGAGCCUAGAGAGGGCUCUACUGCUGGCAUCCACCGAAAAACAUGGCCGGCCAGCCCAGAUCACACCAAAACUUUACAUGGAAAUUGACAUGGGCUGGCAUUACUGGGUUGCCAGUUAGAACAUCUCAACUUGAGCAGUCUCUUGGUGAAUAAUUCAGUCCCCCUCUUGUGGAAAGUUGGAAAGUCGGUUGCCUUUGCCAUCCUGCUGGUUCAGCCCACCGACUGAACACCCAACAGCAGUGCUCUCUGCUUUUUGUGUCCUCUUUCAUUCUCAUUUUAUAUUGUGCUAUAAGAAGGAUUGUUUUUCCAUAUAUAUAUAUAUUAUAUAUGUGUGUAUAAUAUAUAUAUGCUUUCCCCUUUCACCUCUUUGUCACAGGCAAGCAACACAGGAGAUUUUCUUGGGUGCCACCUCUCUCCCGACCCUUCCUCCUCCUCAGGCAUCCUCAGGCCCUGUAUUUUCAUUCUGGAUCAUGUAGGAAUUGUUUUUGGUCAAUGUUGAUAUUAUUGUUAUUAUUAAUAAUAAAUAAAGACAAAAGGAAUUUUUGUUUAAAAGAGAAAUGUUUAACCAGAUUCUGUUCUAUUUGAAUCGUGACUUGCACCUUUCAUCUGAAGCGUUUCCUUCAGGCCAUGUCAUUGUGAGCGCUCUUACUCGUGCCGUGACAGACACCGUGGGCUCCUUUCCCGAGCCAAGCAGUGCGUACGCAAUAGCUGUUAUUUGUGUCGUUAUCUUGAUUUCUCUUCACUGUUAGAAACCAAAGUCUCUGCUGGCUGGGGGCUGAGAGAGGAUCUGGGGUGUCUCCUUCUCAUCUCCACAAAAGAGAGACCUUCACUAUUCUGACUCUCGAUCGUUUUUCUGGGAAAGGAGAGUAAGAGGUCCCGAGUCCCCUCCCGGUCUUUCCUCCCGAAUUUGCACAGAAGAAAGCGGGUGCCCAGCGUGGCCAUCCUGGUGUUGCUGGCAGGAUCCCCAUGCAGCUUAUCCUUCUCCACUGACACUGGCAGCUCGGCUCCUGGACCCAAAUCCCGCAAGUGGAUUUCUGCAGUGCCCGAGCCUUUCUUGGGAUCUCUCCUGAGUUUCCACGGUCCCCAGUCUCCCUCCUCUUGGUGGGGCCACCGACUACUCACCAGAAGGGGGCUUACCAAGAAAGCCCUCAAAGCCAUGGUUUGACUUUCUGGGCUUGUUCCAGCUUGAUGCCCCCGACUGGGCCCCUCCCCAGCACACGCUCAGCCCGACCUGUUUACAUGGUCCUGUAUGUAUGAAGAGCGGACUGCAUCCUCCAGCACCACCCAGAUGGAAGCCAGUGAGCCUACUAACCGUGCCAUCUUGUGAACUACACUUUUUAAAAAAAUCAUCGCUUUGUAUUGUAGUAACCAAUAUGCGCAGUAUAUGUUGAAUGUAUAUGAACAUACUUUCCUAUUUCUGUUCUUUGGAAAUGUCAGAAGUAUUUUUUUCUUUCUCAUUUAUGUUGAACUAAAAAAGGAUUAAAAGAAAUCUCCA